AUGACUGGCUUGGACUACGCUGCAAAACAUGGCGAGCUGGAGAGGCUUGUGAAGCGGUACUGUGAGCACAAAAAGCAACAAGCGAGAUCGCUUCACCAGCAGCUGAGAGAAGAAGUGUCUACCAACGUCGAGCUGAGGAAGUACAUUGCCUUUUUGGAAGGCAAACUACAGGCAGAGAGCAAAAAUGCUAAGCAACUAGGCCGCUUGCUCGACGUUAGAAAAAACGAUAUCGAAGAUACCUUGAUAGAUCACAAGCGGCACUUGGACGCACUUACAGCAGGGAUGGAGUCACGACUUCGUAUGAGUGAGCGGUGCGAGAGGGUCUGCGCCGAGCUUGCGACCAGUCUUGAGGGGAGGGAGAAUCAGCACUGCGCAGAUGCCAACGCGUUCCAUACGAGCAAGGCCCUGCUUGAAGCAGGGCUGGCAGCGUCGAAUAAGACUGUGCCGACCGAGCUGCAGUACAGCCACGAUAUGGAGGACUCAGUGACUAAACUUCUCAAUGAUGUACCGGUCAGGAAUAAGUUUGUGCUAGUGCAAGAGUGCGAUAUGAACCUCAAGACCAGUUACACGAAGCAUGAUACCUUUUUGGAAAGCGAUGAGUGUGCUGCACGCACCAAUCUACUCGAUGCUGAGCGAGACGAGAGACAGAGUCUCCUGAGCAGCUUUUUUCGCGCAAGUGCAACGUAUCUGAAUCACCUUCUUGCCGAGCAGCAGGAGCGCGACACACGACUUUACCGUGCUGAGGAUCUUUUGCGUCUGCAGCAAAUGGAUCUAACGAAUCGCAUGAACAAGGAAAUGGAUUUACAACAGGAUCGUUGUGUUCAUGCGGAAAUGCAACAGAGGGUGCUUGCGCUGCAAUGCAAAAGUGUCCUGAGGAUCGUUGGUGAUGCUCUUGAAUCCCUUCCUGGGCUUGAUGUGGAAGCGGUUAUGUUAGAGCUAGAAAGCAGAGUUCAGGGUGUGCUGCAGUUGCCAAACUCAAAUGUAAGCAACGAGUGUCGAACGCACAAGUCAGAAAGAUGA